AUGAGAUCAUCCCAGAAUUGCAAACCGAUUUCAAGUAUCCAGACGCAGCAGCUCAAGGUCGCGCUCGCUUGGUUCAAGGAAAAGCAGAGGGACCUCGAGAGGGCAAAGAAGGAGGCGACCAAGGCCAUGAAGGAUCUCCGCCAGGAGGCGGAGAGGCGGCGCCUGUCCGCCUCGGAGCGCAGGCGCGCCAAGGAGAGGGAGCGAAAGGCCAUCGAGGAGGCCACGCGCACUGCCAAGGCGGCGAUGAUCAAGAAGGCCCAGGCCCUGAUGAGCGCCAAGGGCCACGAGGACGAGUCCGGCCUGCUCGGCGAGGCGUCCCUCGGCAUUAUGGUCGACGUGCUCAUGGCCUUGCCCGCCGCCGUGGAGAACCCCGUCUUCAUCAAGCGCCUCCAGCGGGCGAAGGAUCAGGUCACGGACUCCGUCUCGGCGUUCCUUAACAUCACCCGGCGGAAAACGUCGAAGUUCGUGCUGGCGAGCAGCAAGGCGUCCGACGUGGAGCUCUCCUUCCUCAUGGCGCGCUACUUUCACGAGGCGUCCUUCCGGGUCAAGGCUAUGCAGUCGGAUGCCGAAAAGGUCGCCAGGGACCUCAACGUCGUGAUGCCCCGGAAGCUCCGCACUUCCUUCAAUCCUAUCCUCAAGCAGCUUCGGUCGAACGCGGUUCCGUUGCGCGUGAACGCAAGUCAGAUGGCAGAACAGACAUUGUCCCAGGCUUGCACCCAGAUGGGCCAGUUGAUGGCGAACAUCACCCAGUACGACAACCAGCUGAAUACGCUGCACACUGGCCUGCACAACGUUUGGCAGAUGUCCGAGCUGAUGCUCCCACACAUGAGCAGGAUCUACCCCAUGAAGACCAUCAUCAUUGACACCGUCAAGGACUUCAUGAUGUUGGCGACGACGCAGAUUGCCAGUCUUCAGGAAGCGGCGGACGAGAUCGUGACCAACGUCGGGCCCGUUGUCACCGAGCGAAUGCAGUGCACUUGGGGCGCCGCUGGUCCCCGCGGCGUGGGCUUCUUUGCCCUGCUGGCGCCGCUGUUGGCACUGGUCGGCUCGGUCAUCUACUAA